AGACACUCGUGACCGAUAUCCUCAGCCAUUACCUACUUAUACUCCUCCACAAUACCGCUGAAGGCUCAGUUCUGCUCUUAACUGUGAGUCAGGUGUCGUUUAUCAGUGUCCUUCGCGCAUCUCGUUGUCUCUAAUUUCUCCAACAUGAUCUCACUAAUCCUGUUAUCAGCCAGCCUAGCAUCCGUAUCAGCAGGGUUCCUUGACCAUUCGUCAGCCUACGGUUACGCCACAGCGCCAGCCGUAGAUCUUACCUACGGAUACGGUUCUCCAGCCUACGGAACACCAGCCUACGGAACCCCAGCUUACGGCUCUCCCGCCUACGGUACACCGACUUACGGUACAGCAGUCUACGGUACACCGUCUUACGGUACAUCGGUUUACGGUACACCGUCUUACGGUUCACCAACUUACGGUGCAGCUCCAAUAGUGAAAGCCUUCACACCUACGGCCACCUCGUAUUCUAAUACCUACCAUAUCGCCAAAUCUGUACCUGUUCCUGCCGUGCCUGCCGUGGCUACAGUACCUGCCGUGUCAGCAAUACCAGCCGUAUCUGCAGCGCCCAUCUAUGCUAAGACGCCAUUAGCUGCUUAUGGAGCGGCAACUUAUGGAGCUUCAGCUUAUGGUGUGCCCACUUAUGGAUCUCCUGCCACUGCUUAUGGACCCAGCUACCCAUCCACUUAUGGGCAUGGAUAUUAUGGAUCCGGUUAUGGAUAUCUCCAUUAAAAAGGGUGGAUAUCUCCAUUAAUAUCUCCAUUGAAGGGAUAUCUCCAUUAAGUCUUGAUGUUCCUGUAUGAGAGACUAAGGUUCUCUUAUAUUCUAUCCAAUAUUUAUUUUUGUUUACAAUGUUUCAUUAUAUUCAUCCAUCAUUGUGAAUGUUGAAAAUCGAAUCAUGGAAUAAGUUUCAUCAUCAUAGUAUAAUAUCAAGCUUUAAUUCUUUUUUCUUUAUUGUUUGAAGGAAGGUUGACUGCAAAAUUCCAAAACUGGCAGUCAUGUACUUCAUUUUAAACUAUCACUUCUUCUAUCUACCACGCUCAAGCAUAAUGCUUGUGUAGGCAUCACCCUCAGCCAAUACUUCAGAACAGAAUCACAUCAUGUUAGCGAUAUUCAUUAUUCUUCAUCGAUUCUUACAAUAAGUACAUCAUCAAAAUGAUAGGAAGAAAAAAACUAGGUAACUUUGUGCUAUUCCUCUCCCAAAUUUAGUUAAGUUUACAUUUCGAUAAUGUACUUAUUGUAUAAAUUCUUUAUCGAUUCUUGCAAUAAGUACAUUAUCAAAAUGAUAGGGAAAGAAAAUGAAAUAAGGUAACUUUGUGCUAUUCCUCUCCCAAAUUCAGAUGAGGUUACAUUUCGAUAAUGUACUCAUUUUAUAAAUGAAUAAAAAAUUAAAAAUUAAAAAGAUGGAUCUAUUAACCAGCCUAAACUAUCUCCCUAGAGGGCUAUUUCCUGUAGAUCUUUUCAACUUUUCUUGUAUGUCCCAACAUUAACAUUUUAACUAUUAAUCCAGAGAAAGCAUUGUCCACUCACUCAAAUUUAGUCUUUAUAAUAUAAAAUUGAAUAGGCUAGAUAAAUUAUUUUUGCCAUAGUCAUUCAAUUUCAGCUUUUUUACAUCCAUGAAAUCAAGCCGGUAAACAGCUGAUUGUGAAACAAAUAAACAUUUGAUUCUUAUUACAGCAUACUAUACUGUAAUAAAAUCAUAUGUUUUCUUUACAGUCGAGUAUGUUUCCUAGUUCCGAAUUUGGAACAGCAAAACUGGUGAAAAGCCGACUUUUAGCGCUCCAGGUGGAAGUUUUCAACUACAAUCAAUUCCUGAUUCGAAACUUGUAAACUAGGUUAUGUUUAUAGAUUGCAUGUAGUAAUGUCAGCACAAGCAGGUAAUGCUUUCUGUUUCUCAAUUAUUCUUUUCUACAUUAUUAUGACAGAAAAUAGUGUACGUUACUUGGACGUGAAUGUCUUUUGCAGUGCUAGAAUGAAAUUCUACUCGAGGCUAAUGCCCCGACUAGAAACAUCAUUCUCGCCUGAAAAACGGCCCUUCCCGUCCUUGUGACGUGAGAUACUAUUAAUUAACCCUUUUCAGGUUACCAUUAAAAUGUGAGGAAUCAUUCAUCCAGUUACCAUUUCAUACAAAGUUUUGCUUUUUCUUGUGAAUUCUAGUAGUUUUGAUAGAAAAUAUACUAUUAUCAUAGCAACUAUCUGAAUUUGGGAGAGGAAUAGCACAAGGUUACCUUAUUAUUUCUCUCCCUAUAUCUGUAUGAAUCGAUAAAGAAUAUAUAAAUAAACAACUUGAUACAUUAUAUUCAUGUAGUUGUUUCUUCAUCCAAUCGAACACUUCUGUAACUUUUUUUAGUAAAAACUUUAAUAAUUUUCCAGUAUCUUAAUGUAUUAUCAGCAUGUAUCACAUAAAAAAUAUAUCUUGAUCUUUGUUAGUCCAUGUACUUUCCUAUCUGAUGAUAUAUUCCUGUGAAAUUAUAGGCUACUUUUAAUCAUAUUUGCUUGCAAUUAGUGUUAUGCUUUCUACAGAGUUACCAUAAUUAGGAAUGUCGUAGGCCCAGUUGCACAAAAGCCUGUUGAAUUUGAAUCAUGAUUAAAUGCCACGGAAACCAAUCAGAGAAGACUUCUGGAGUAGGCUUCUCUGAUUGGUUCUCGUGGCAUUUAACCAUGUUUAAAAUUUAACAGGCUUUUGUGCAACCG